UGUGUGCGCAGGCGCGCGCCGCACCAGGCUCCCACGGUCGCUUGGUGCGGGCGGCAACCGCUAACCAUGCAGGUAGGAGUCCCUGGAAUCACAGACUAGGUUUAUGAGAGUAGCCUUGUGAAACCAGCAAGAUUGGGCAGAGAUGGUGAAAUGCUGACCUAGUCCCAGCAGAAGCCUCAGCCUGGGGAGCAGAAAGCCCUGAACCUGAGAUGGCCCUGCAGGGACCCUUCAAAUGAAGACACAUCUGGAUGGAGGGCCACACUGACAUGGAGAUAUUAAGGACAGUGAAAGGGUCUUCCACAGGGGAGGUCAACAUGCACCUGGUGGCCAGAGACAGCAUAGGCUCCCAUCCUCACCUGCCUACAACCGCCUUCAUUAUUCCUACCAAUGAAGCUACCAUUGGUCUGCCUAGUUCUGCCUUGGAUGUGUCCUACCCCCGGGAGCCAGUCCAUGUGGGUGCCCUGGAGCGGGUGGCUGGCAGCGAACCCGUAACAGCCACUAUUCUACCACAGCUAAGCACCGGACCGGGGACCAAUAGCACAGUCAGGCUUCUGGAUUGGACAGGGGUUUCCGCACCUUUAGCUGGAAGCAGCAUGCGGUUCCGGAUAAACGAGUACGCGCCACUGAACAUCAUAGGAAUGGAGCGACGAAGCCCGGAGCAGCGACACGAGGGUGGGCCGGCUGGAAAAAAUACGGGCAUCCAGCACCCUGAUAUUCACCAGGACACUCAAAACGUCAUUUCUCUGGAACCUCCAGUAGACGCAAGCUCCUGCAAAUGCCAGGCUUGUGGGCCUCAACAAAAUAUUAGCUUAGACGUUGGUUCAUCGGGAGACCAAUGUCCACAGCCUUUCCAGAAGAGGUCAGUCAUUGUAGAAAACUCAGGCCGUAGCAUCACUUCUGAGCUCCUAAAACCCAUGAAAAAGAGGAAACAUAAGGAGUAUCAGAGCCCAUCAGAGGAGUCCGAGCUGGAAGCCAUGAAGCAAGGAGAAGGAAAAGACCUAGAGAGAGAGCCCACCCCCAGCACCCCAGAGAAUGAAGAGUGGAGUAGAAGCCAGCUGGUGUCCAGUGAGAAGAAGGAAGGCUGGUCCUGGGAGUCCUACCUGGAGGAGCAGAAGGCUGUCACAGCCCCAGUUAGCCUCUUCCAGGACUCCCAGGCCGUCACCCAUAACAAGAAUGGCUUCAAACUGGGCAUGAAACUGGAAGGCAUUGACCCCCAACACCCAUCUAUGUACUUCAUCCUCACUGUGGCUGAGGUGUGUGGCUACCGCCUGCGCCUGCACUUUGAUGGUUAUUCCGAGUGCCACGACUUCUGGGUCAAUGCCAACUCCCCUGACAUUCAUCCCGCUGGCUGGUUUGAGAAGACUGGACACAAGCUGCAGCUUCCCAAAGGUUACAAGGAAGAGGACUUCAGCUGGAGCCAGUACCUGCGCAGCACAAAAGCUCAGGCCGCCCCCAAGCAUCUGUUUGUAAGCCAGAGCCAUAGUACUCCACCAGUGGGCUUCCAGGUAGGCAUGAAGCUGGAAGCUGUGGACCGCAUGAACCCCUCCCUCGUCUGUGUGGCCAGUGUGACAGAUGUGGUGGACAGUCGCUUCCUGGUGCACUUUGAUGACUGGGGCGAUACUUACGACUACUGGUGUGAUCCCAGCAGCCCCUACAUCCACCCAGUAGGCUGGUGCCAGAAGCAAGGAAAGCCCCUGACGCCUCCACAAGACUACCCAGACCCUGACAGCUUCUGCUGGGAGAAAUAUCUAGAAGAAACUGGGACCUCAGCUGUGCCCACUUGGGCCUUCAAAGUGCGACCCCCUCACAGCUUCCUCGUCAACAUGAAGCUGGAGGCUGUAGACCGCCGGAACCCAGCACUGAUUCGUGUAGCCAGCGUGGAAGAUGUGGAGGACCAUCGGAUAAAGCUCCACUUUGAUGGCUGGAGUCACAACUAUGAUUUCUGGAUUGAUGCCGAUCACCCAGACAUCCACCCUGCAGGCUGGUGCUCCAAGACAGGACAUCCCCUGGAGCCUCCUCUCCGGCCCAGAGAGUCCAGCUCUGCCUCCCCUGGGGGAUGCCCCCCUCUCAACCACAGGAGCCCACCCCACACAAAGACUUCCAAAUAUAGCUUUCACCACCGGAAGUGCCCCACUCCUGGCUGUGACGGCUCCGGCCACGUCACUGGCAAGUUCACAGCUCACCACUGCCUCUCUGGCUGUCCACUGGCCGAGAAAAACCAGAGCCGGCUGAAAGCGGAGCUGUCCGACUCGGAGACCGCAGCCAGGAAGAAGAACCCGUCUAAUUUGUCCCCAAGGAAAAAGCCUCGCCAUCAAGGCCGGAUUGGACGCCCUCCAAAGUAUCGCAAGAUUCCAGAAGAAGACCUCCAAGCCCUCCCUCCCAGUGUGGUACACCAGUCCCUCUUCAUGUCCAGCUUGCCAGCCCACGCUGAUCGCCCACUCUCUGUGAGCUGGGAGCAACACUGUAAGCUAUUGCCUGGAGUGGCGGGCAUCUCAGCCUCCACAGUCUCCAAGUGGACCAUUGAAGAGGUCUUUGGCUUCGUUCAGACCUUGACGGGUUCUGAGGAUCAAGCUCGCCUCUUCAAAGAUGAGAUGAUUGACGGCGAGGCCUUCCUUUUGCUGACACAGGCGGACAUUGUGAAGAUCAUGAGUGUCAAGCUGGGCCCAGCCUUGAAGAUCUAUAACGCCAUUCUCAUGUUCAAAAACACUGACGAUGCCUUUAAGUGACUGGUUGGGGCGGAGGGGGGAAUCCUCCCAUCCUUACUGGGUUCCCUCUGCAGACGGUGCUUCUCUCCCAACUUGAGUUCUGCACUCCUGUCCUCACUGUUCUGGAGCAGAGGAGCCUGAGGAAGGAGGUCUCAGCCCCCAGUCCUGGAGUUAUUUGUCUCCAGUUGCCCCAGGGAGGGUGUGACUAAGGCCUGACUGAUAGAAAGGACCGCAGGUGUCCUGGCUAGGGCAGCCUGCAUCUUCAGCCAUCUUGGUUACUGACUUAGGAGGUUAGGUGGAGCUGCCUAAAAUAAGCAUCCUCUAUGCAGAACCUAUGUCCUUUUGUCAUCUCUAUGUCCUUUCUCCUCCUUGGCACUUCUCCUCCUACUAAGAAAUGACCAUGAUCUUGGCAUACAUGCUUACACGUGAAAGGUGCCUCCCUGUCUGCUGUUGGCUGUGUACCCUUGCUCUCCGUCCAUGGACAACCCAGGCCCCAUGGCUCUUCCUCUGUAGAUGCUUAAGUCUCUGACAUAUGGGAGCUUCCUACUAGGAGCCUCUGGCUGUCUUUUCCCUUUUGCCUCUAGGCAGAGAUGCAGAGCCAAGGCACCCUUCAUGAACACUUUCAGUGCAGGAUCACUCAGCAUGGAGUGGGCGGUACGGAGUGAGCAGAUGGUUAGAGCCCAUGGCAUAACAAUCAGGGCCUAAGUUCCCUGAUGCUGUCUCUGUUGGGUGUGGGAGAGAUAAAGUCUGGCCUAACAAGCAGUCCAGGCUAGACCGUCAGACACAUUGGAGUCUUCGACCUCAAGUAUAGCUCCAGAAAGUGUGAUGGCAGCCUCAUUCUAUCUGUGUCUGUGAAUCUCAGCCAAGAUAUUACACAUGAGGGAGAGGCCCCUGCCAGCCCAGCCUCCUGCCAGGAGGGUGUGGUACUGGCUAGCACACAACCCCUGUGACGUCACCUUCACUCCGUUUCUUAAAUAUUUCUCAUUUUGCUCUCUAGUCUGACGAAGGCCACUUACAGUAGAGAGUUGGAAAGGUCCCCUCUCCUGUCUCUGAGCUCUUGGGCCCUUCUUGCCAGUCUCCAACAGUCUCUCACUGCCAGCUAGGCUCCUGCUGGGGCUCUGGGACUUGGACCUUUCUGUCCAAGUGGAGGUUCAUCUUCCACUCUGUUACUGCCAAGCCCGCCUCCCAGCCUGAGUGGGGAGUGCCAGAGCCCAGGGGGAGCCACCCCUCCAGUAGAUGGGAGCCGGUGCCAAACUUCAUCUGGUGCUGAGAUGGGCCUGCUGGCUGAAGAGCAGGGUUGUCGCCCUCUCCAGUAUACUUAUAAGUCAUGUGGUCUAUCUAUCUAUCUAUCUAUCUAUCUAUCUAUCUAUCUAUCUAUCUAUCUAUCUCUGUGUGUGUGUGUGUGUGUGUCUCGCGCGCAUGCGUGCGCACACACGUGUUGGUCUCUCAGCAGUAUCUGUCAGGUGCAGGUGUGAGGUGCAGUCCUGGGACUAUGAAGGGCUACUGUUAAGCUAUGAGGCUUUAUUACUUCCUCAGAAAGGGGAAGCCAAAAGUCCUAUUGAUUUCCUGUUUCAGUGCUUUGGGGACCUCCCCUCCCUAGGCCAGACAGCUUCUGGGGGAUAGCCAAGUGGCACCCAGCUAGCCUGCCAAAGGCUCAGAUUUCCUUUCCCCUUCAGCCCUCAGGGGGUAACUUUCUGGGAGGACAUUGGGCAAGGUUGGCCAAGUGAGGAGGGAGGGCUAGGUUGACAGAUGUGACAUCACUGCCCCUUUGCUGGAAAUAAGGAGGUGCCAAUCUCUCUCAGUUGUCUGGGUUGCACUGGAAAUUGCCACCUCCUGGCCUUUAGCCCGCCCUGCCACACACUGACUAGUCUGAGAGAGCAGCAAAUGUUCUGUGUUCUUAUCUGGUGCUGUGAGACCACACAGUUCCCAGGAGAGGGACUGCACAGCCUUUGCCAUGCAGCCCUGCUCAGUGAUGGUUGCCUGUGGAAAAGACCAGACGGCCUUGGAAAAGAAGACUCGCAGCCUCCCAGCUCUAGGCCACACCCCUUCUGCACUAAUAUCAGAAACCAAAUCUUAAAAGUCAAAAGAAACCUACCUUCCAACCAUCCCCCAACCCAUCCACCCCACUGGGUCCCCAGAUAAGACCAUUGCACCUUAACCUGGGAGUGCAGGCAGUGGGUGACUGUUUCUGGCACUUGGACCCUGGACUCCAGCAACAGGAACUACGUAUACUUUGUCCCCAAUAGACUUGUCCAACCUCUGCCCAGCCCUGGCCUAGGACAGAGAUGAACUUUGUUUAUUUUCUGAGGCAGAGAUGAUGGUCCCAGAGUCUGAAAAUGAAACCUGUUUGCACCUUCAUUCAUACGCACUAUGAUGGGGUUACACUUAUUUUUUACUUGCUCUGUGUGUCUGUGUGUGUGUUCUCUCUCUGUGUCUGUCUGUCUGUCUGUCUGUGUGUGUAUGCUCUCGAGCGUACAGUCUUAAAGAGAACCCUCUGGUUUAAACUAAAGUGACUGACUCUUGAAAGAAGAAACGUUACAAACAAAAUAUAGUAUGGCUUGUCUGUGUAUUGAAAACAACAUAAAUAAAUAAAUGGUUGACUGGUCUGC